AUGAUCAACUGCCCAGGAUGUGCCGCAAAGUUUCAGUCAAAUUUGGAUUAUGCCCGGCAUUGUGAAGCACAUCAUAAAAGUGAAGAUCCCCUCGUUGUGGUGUCAAACACUUUCGAAUCGUUUGGUUUAUUUGAGGCUCAUUUGAACGGGCUUGGCACGGUGCAUGUCACUGCGUGCUUUGGACACUAUGGCCAUGCAAUAAGCAUGGCAGCUCUGCCCUUAUUUAAUGAGGAUGAAGAUGUGGUCAAAAAUCUGAUCGAGGCAGGAGUGCCGGCGCGAACAAUAGUGUCGAAAUUGCGUAGAGAGAACUGGAAUCCACGGCAGGACCCCGAAAGGCAAAUGCGAUUGUGUUAUUUGACAACUACAAAUAUUAGCGAUUUUUUGAUGACCGAUGAUACACUCACGUUUUACAACGCCUUCAAGUCAGUGUUUCCCGAGAGCCGAGCACAGAAAGUCCCAUGUGCAUUUCACGUUAGUCAAGCAUUUCUACGAAAACAUAAAGAAUUGCUAUCAUCUCCUGAUGUUUCCAUCGCGCAACAUAUGUUCAAUGCACUUCUCGGGGAGGUAAAUCCUCGAAAAUUUGAGGAAAACUUCAAUGCUUAUAUCUCAUGGCUUACGUCCGUAGAGGCUGUAGAAAUGGCUACCUAUAUCGAAAGAAAUUACUCUCAAAGGCGACACGAAUGGGCGGUGUGUUGUCGUCCUAAUGCACCGUUUAAGACUACUAACCAUGCCGAAUCCUGGCAUAAUAAACUGAAACAUAUCUUGCUCCGAAGCAAGCAAAACAAUAGGCUGGACGUCUUCGUGUAUACCCUUAUCGAAUAUUCUCAAGAUCACAAUCUUCAGCUAAUAUCUGCCGGCGUCAGGGGCUCUGAUCUCUCAGGAAGACGGAAAAGAAAUACACGUCGACACAAGGACGCACUAAGCUAUUACACACACGCAACGCUAAAAAAUCAAUUUGGAGAGUUGGCAAAGGCGUACGCAAAAUCAAAUCGUCUUGAUCUGAUAAAUCAGAUGAACGAAUUCAUGAAGAACGGGCUGGGAGAAAUGCCCCAAGAAGCGCUUGAAAACCGUUUCGUGAGGAAGGCAGUGAUGCAGACCACCGGGGCUGGUCUCGCGCCGUCUCGUAUACAACCGCAGUAUAAAAGUAGGACGCAAUUAAGACUGGAGAAGAAAGAGAAACAUCAUCCUUACAACUACAUAGACGAAGAUUUUGAAUGA